AUGUUGAAUCAUAGUUACAAGGAGGCUCUGAGCAAGCAGAGAGUGACAAUUGUGAGCCUUCAGAAUGAAAUUGCUGACAAGAACCACAAAUUAAUGGAGAUGGAGCAUAAUCACAGUGAGACUCUUGCUUGGGCGCGUAGGCUCAUUGUAGGGCUUACAGAGAAUGUUAAUUCCAAAGAAAGAAGUCUGCUUGAGAUGGAAUGCAAGUACAAUGAGUGUUCGAACAUGAUUCAGAAGUUGAAGAACGAGAGAGAUAUGCUGAAGGAGAGAUGUCACAAAGAAUUACGACAUAUGAAGGUCAUGAACUCUAAUGUGAAUCAUGACGUGGAAUGCAUAAAGAAAGAGCUUGGGCAGCUUGCCAAGCAAUUGGAGGAGAGUAAAGCCCUAAAUGAUCAGCUGCAGAAGAACUUUAUUGAGGAGAUUCAAAAGCUAUAUUUUCUAUUCAAGCUGGCAAAAGAACAUGAAACCAUAUCUGCUAAAGUGUUGAAAAUAGUGAUACAAGAUCAGAGUCAUGUAGAAAAUGGUGGCAAUUUGAACACUCAAAUUAAUGCUUUUAGUAAUCAAUUAAAGGACAAAAUGGAAUACCUGGAGCAUGUGGAAAACCUUUACAAUUCCGUGAUAGUUAAAGAGCACCAGCAUAAACAAGAAUUACUUGAUGCUCGUAAAGAAUCUGUAAAUAGUUUACAAGAUAUAUGCACAGGUCGAUCUCAACUAGGAAUUAAAAGAAUGGGAGAAUUAGAUCCAAAACCUUUUCAAGAUUUGUGCUUGCAAAAGUACUCAUGUGAACAAUGGAAGGAAAUAUCUGCUAUGUUAUGUUCAUCAUGGGAAGAGAAUCUGAAGAAUCCAGCUUGGCAUCCUUUCAAAAUAAUUGAGGUCAAUGGUGUUUUACAGGAAAUAGUAGAUGAAAAUGAUGAGAAAUUGAAAGGACUGAGGAAUGAGUGUGGUGAAGAGGUAUACAAGGCUGUAGCAAAUGCUUUAAUGGAAAUAGAAGAAUACAAUCCAAGUGGAAGGUAUCCAGUCCCUGAAAUUUGGAACUGGAGGGAGGGAAGGAAAGCCACUUUGAAAGAAAUUAUCCAGUAUAUUAUCAGGCAAUUGAAGACUCACAAGCGCAAAAGAAAGUAG